UUUUAUUUACAAACUAGCUGUGCAACAAACAUAUUGAAAGUGUGUUUUAUAAAACGAAUUGAUAGAAACAUUUCUCUAAGAAAAGUUACAAUACAUUCUACGAAAAUUCGGAUUACAGUGGACUCUACGAACGUGAGGUCACACAGGAAACGCGGGAAACACGUUAGUUUCAAGGGCGCAGCAGCCUCUGGUAAAGCGCAGAUUCGAUUCGUUGGCAAUUGGCAUCACUAAGCCACGGCGAGCUGCUCACAGCGCACGGCCCACUCCCAACGUAAACAAUGCAUUCCACGCGGUAAUUUCAUAAGUAAUCCGGUGAUUUUUAAUUAGAAAAUGUUGCCUUUACUCUUAAUGUGUUUAUUCGUGAGUGAAAUAUCCGGAACGAUAAACGAUAGCGAUAUCAGUAGAUACGAUACUUUGACGCUCAGAAAAUGCUGUGAAAAAAAUGAAGUGCUGGUAAAAAUUACAGAAUAUGAUUUAUACUUACUUGACCAUUAUAAGUGCAUGGAUAGAGAUUAUGUAAUGGAUCUUUAUAACGUGUCUGCAAUACCUCUUUUGAUGAACGAAAAUGUUAGAGUGCAAUCUGGUUUACCACUUUUUUGUGAUGAUAUACAUGUCAAUCAAAUAAACAGUGCUGAAACAGAGCUUUUUAUAUCAGAAGAUAAAUGCUAUGAUAAACUAGAGGCCGAAGUUGUAAAUGGCACUAUAAAAGAAAACAUUCCUCAAACUGUAGCUUUAACAUGCAAUACUACUGAAGAAUCUACUAAGAAUCUUCCGUCAGUGUUAAAAAUUAAUGAACUUAAAAAAUGCUGUCCCGAAGGGCAAGCAUACGACACGGAAUACCAUGUAUGUAGAAUAAGCAACUUGAAGAGUGAUGAUGAAUGGUUUGUCAAAGCUUUAAAUAUGACUGGAAAUUACAUUUACGACGUUGGUAUUGGAAUGCAAUGCAAAUUUGACGAAUACGCUGUGGAGCUUCCAGAAAGUUUAUUUUCUUUUUCCAUUGAUGGGAAUAAUUUGCAACUGAAAAAUAAGGAAGGCGGCCAAGCAAAAACUCUUUUUCAAGGGGAGUGGUGUGUUGAACGCCAAUAUGGUGGCAAAGGAUUAUUAGUACGAACUUGCUCACGAAAUUGUUCGGGUUUUGAAGCUUACUGUGUCAGGAAAUGUUGUCCGCAAGGAGAACAUUUUAAAGUUCGUCGUUGUGGGAGUUAUAUUAGUGUUUGUGUGCCAGAUGAAGAUAACAGUACAUUAUUUGAUUUAUCUACAUAUACGAAUCCAUUGCGAAAAGACAACGAAGAUUUGUUUGAUGUGAUGGGUGUUCGCGUUGGUUUACAAUGCCCCGCUGGUCGCUUCGCCCUGAACAAGUCUCUGUUCCAAGACGUCCAUUACCUUACACCACAGGGGAAUUUACAAUCGGGCUGGACCCUAACUAAUAACUAUUGCUUGGAAAUAUUCGACAGCCGCCAUUGUCCAUCAAAGGAGAUUAUUAUCAGCGGUGUGCUCUGCUUCCAACCCGCUCCAGAAAGUCAACAGGAUAAAGACUUUCGUAUUUCUUUCGUGAUCAUCACAAUAUCAAGCGUAUGUCUGGCAUUAACAUUAAUUGUGUAUUGCGCGCUACCCGAGCUGAGGAAUCUCAAUGGUCUUAACUUGAUCUGCCACGUUACCAUGAUGCUCCUGGCAUUUGCUUGUCUAGCCAGGGUCCAGUAUAGUGCAGUCGACGACGUCCAAACUUGUACAAUGCUCGGGUACGGCAUAUACUUUGGCUUCGUGGCAGCGUUCGCUUGGUUGAACGUCAUGUGCUUCGACAUAUGGUGGACAUUUGGGAGCGUCAGGACGGUCAAGUUGCUUCGAAAAUCCGCGUCAGAGAGGCGCCGGUUUAUUUUGUACUCCGUGUAUGCCUGGAGCACAACAAUUGCCCUCACACUCACCAUGUUUCUACUUGACCAUUAUCCUAUUUCUCUAUACCUUGAUGCCAAUAUUGGGACGGGUUCCUGUUGGUUUAGCGCUGUUCAAAACACAGAAACGGACUGGCCUCAUUACAUUUUCUUCGUUGUUCCAAUGGGCCUUGUGACUUGUACAAAUUUUAUACUCUGGCUCCUCACGGCUCGAUAUUGUGCUAAAGUCAAAUCCGAGGUCCAUCGUUUGCAAGCAGGAUCCGUUGGUGAAAGAGCUAAGAAAAGAUUCAGAAUAGAUAGAACCAAGUAUAUCCUGACUGGUAAGCUCUGGGUGGUGAUGGGAGCUGGUUGGGUGUCCGAGCUGCUGUCCACAAUCGUAGUCAGUCCAUCGUGGCUUUGGGAUAUUGUUGAUCUCAUAAAUGGCCUGCAAGGAGUCUUAAUUUUUCUCAUAUUGGUUGUUAAACCAAAACUGUACUACAUUAUUAGAAGGCGACUGGGUUCGUCACAAAGACCGAGUCAGAAAGAUACAAGGUUAGAUAAGGGUGAUGCACAGAACGCCACAGCAUCGGGUCGCACUUCAUCCACUUUCCUGUCGAGAACCAUAAGUUCUGAUGAACGGACUAAUCUCAGAAUAUCUGGUCUUCAGGCAGCGAAGCAAGCGUAAUUGGUUUAAUGAUCAAACCUGCAUUUAUUUUCUAUGUAAACUCAAGAAACGUGGCCCGACUUUUGAUUUGUUUAAUAUUACAAAACAGUUCUGAUUGAACUCAGUUAUAGAGUUUAAAAUAAUAUUUUAUGAAUGAAUUUUUACAUAAUGUUUAGUUAAAUUAAAAGUUGUCUUUUCACCCAUCUAAUAGCAUCAGUACAUAAAAACAAAUCAGUUCGAUGGGUAAUCAGUUCUAUUAAUUAUCACUCUAAGACUGAGUUUUAAAGAAUUAAAAGGUCAUAUUAUCUUUUUUGAGAGCAAAUAAAGGCUCUUCAAUUCUCUGGUACCAGCACAUCCAUUUACGAAAACCAAAGAUAAAUAUGGCUUUAUAGUUUUGGGACAAGUUUUAGUAUAAUUGCUACAUAUUAAUUGCGCAAUACAUAGUCGGGCCCAAUUGUAUGGUAGAAUUGUACCGCCUUUACUUUGAUGUAUAAUUGUAUUACUUGUACAAGUUUAAAGGAUUUCCUUUUACUAAUGUUUAAAAUAUUUUGUUUAAAGACAGUUUUGCGCUUAAUUUGAUACAUAAUGCCUUUUAAGCAAAGCUUAUAAUCUAGUCAAGUAUUAGGGUUAAUAAAAUGCUUUUUUUGUGACAACUUUAUUUGUUAUAAGCGGAUUGUGAUACAAGCUUACAACAAUGCAUUAAUUUCAUGAUUAUUAAUUUAGAUUUUUUUGGAGCGACCUCAACCUUGAGGUCGUGCCUCAAGACUUCACUUUGCAACACUUGCACUUUCAACGGCUGGGGAAACGUUAACAUCGUUAAGCAGCACGUAUUAGACGUUAAAAUCCGUCCCAACGGGAUUAGUCAUAAUUCUCAAUAAAUUCGUACUUACUUUACUUUUCAUACUUAUCAAAUACUUCAAAUACGUUUUAUUUGACCAAAGUACUUGUUAAUAUGAUACCUGGUAACUCACGUCCAAAUAGAUUUAAGUAUGUAGAACGGACGACUAUCAUAUAAAAUAUCUGAUCCCAUGGAACGUAAUCUAUUUACUAGUAGUGAUAAUAUUUUGGUUUACAACGAACUUAAUGUUUCCGAAUUAUUAUGUAUUGGUUCUGUGUGCCUUUACUAAAUUCUUGUCAAAUACAUUAAGUCUAGUUAAUAAUCAUGAAAUGACAAAUUUAGCAUUAAUAUUUUUUAAACAUAAUUUCAUAAUUCAUAAUGAAUAAUAUUUUACUGUAUGAUGCAUAUAAUAUUGUUUGAUUGCGGUUGACCAAGGUUUAUUGUUCAUUAUAUGAUAAAGGAUAACACAUAAAAGGAUACAUAAGGUUUAUUAUUUACCAUUGUCACGGUCAUAUGUUGAGCCACAAGUAUAUCUAUUUCACAUUUAUAUUUAUAACGGUGCAGAUUGAUUAUUACCGAGUUCUAAGGCCUAUUUUCUGAUGCGCUCGCGCUCAGAGAGUAUGUCAUUUUGAUACGUUACUAAGGUUAAUAUGAAUGUAAAAGUAUGAUAAUGUUUAUAAAAAAAGUAACCUAUUCCUUAAUUUACUUAAGUAUUUGUUACCAAUGUAUAAAAAUAAAUAGCUUAAAUAAAACUAUUACUUUGUCAAGAACAAUUCUAGUAAUUUAGAUGUCGUAGUUAUUGGCAUGGCAUAGGAUAGACACAAUUUGUGCUUAGCAAACCGAUACAAUGAUGGUUCCGCUGGGAUUGGAACCGAGAAAUUUGUAGGUUUAACCAUAAUUACUCUGAAAUACGGAGAUAUAUUAUAAUAUAUAUGUUAGUAUAUUCUCCGACACAAAGCUACAUCUAUUAUUAUUAAAUCGACAAGAUAAAGGAAAUAUUACUAUUAUGUCCUUUGUAUUCUUGGUUUAUAAAUGGCUUAGAAUAGGCGCGAAUCGAAAAUCGUCAGACUUUGAUUGAUGCAGUUGUGCUACAAUAUUUAUAUAAGCGUUUGUUGCUACUACUAAAGACUGUAACCAAUUUUGUAAUUUACAAUAUAUUUUGCACAAGAAUUA